AUGGACUGCACAUGUCGCUGUGGUGAUGUCAUAAUGGACUGCACAUGUGACUGUCAUGAUGUCAUAAUGGACGCAGUCAAGAAACACUGCAAUGGAACACCCAAAGAAGACGUUUUGAAUCAUGUUGAGAUCAUUGACAUACUCGCUUUGCCAGAACCAGAGGACAAAGAAAUCUGCCUGAAGGAAUUAGAUCUAAAACCUGAGAAGGGCAUUGAAGAGGACAAUGGCAGAAAAGAGCCUCCUGAAGAAACAUCUGAGGAUGAACAACUAAGUGAGCAGGGAGAAACACCCAACAACCCUUCCUGCCACUUCCAAGAAAACAGCAGUGAAGAGCCUGCUGAAGAAACUUCUGAGGAAGAACAACUAAGUGAGCAGGGAGAAACAUCAAGCAACACCACCUGCCACUUGCAAGAAAACAGCAGUGAAGAGCCUGCUGAAGAAACAUCAAAGGAUGAACAACUAAGUGAGCAGGAUGAAACAUCCAUCAACCCUUCCUGCCACUUACAAGACAACAGCAGUGAAGAGCCUGCUGAAGAAACUUCUGAGGAAGAACAAAUAAGUGAGCAGGAAGAAACAUCCAGUAACACCACCUGCCACUUCCAAGAAAACAGCAGUGAAGGGCCUGCUGAAAAAACAUCGAAGGAUGAACAACUAAGUGAGCAGGAUGAAACAUCCAAAAACCCUUCCUGCCACUUCCAAGCCAACAGCAGUGAAGAGCCUGCUGAAGAAACUUCUGAGGAAGAACAACUAAGUGAGCAGGGAGAAACAUCAAACAACACCACCUGCCACUUCCAAAAUUUUAAAGAUGAAAAGCAGCAGAAGAAAAGCUCUGAAACAUCUCGCUGUUCAAAUAGGCAGGCACAACCUGCAGCUAUUAAGAAGGAGGAUGAUAAAGAUCAGUUGGCAAAGAAAUACCCGGAGCCUUACCGAUAUGUCAUACUGGAGAAGGCUAUGAGAGAGGGCAACUUUGCCUCUAUUUGCAAGGGAUGGCUUAUCAGAGAACAUCAAGAGAUUGCCAUCAAGAUAAUAAAGAAGGUGGAGAAUAAAGAAGACAUCGAGAAAGAAAUUAACAUCCUUGAAAAGGUUUCUGGCCACCACAAUAUUGUAACCUUCUAUGGGGCAUUUUAUGCAAAGCCCACUGGACUCUGGAUUGUUACCGAGCUAUUUAAGGGUGGAUCGGUUAAAUAUCUGAUGCGCACCAAUAGAAACCACUCUUUAGGAGAAAGGUGGAUCUCAUACAUCUGCAAGGAGGUGCUACAGGGCCUGUGUCAUCUAAGAAAACAAAAAAUCAUCCAUCAUGAACUGACGCCCAACAAUAUAAUAUUAACAGCUGAUGCAGAUGUAAAAAUAGCUAAUUUUAGCCUUGCCACGAUGGGUAAAAAAAGUAACAGCCCUGCCGGAACAACUGAAUACAUGGCACCAGAAGUUCUUGCCUGUAAUUAUAAGAAUGGGGCUGAAUAUGACGAUAAGGCUGACGUGUGGUCCUUGGGCAUCACAGCCAUCAAAAUGGCAGAAGGAUAUCUUCCAUACAGUCAACUACCCAUCAAAAAGCUCAUCAAAGAAGUCAUCUAUGGUCCUCCUCCAGCAUUGACAAGGGACGGAUGGAGUGAUAACUUCUACUUCUUUAUUGAUGAGUGCUUGCAAAAACAACCAGCAAGAAGACCUAAUGCAAGGCAGCUACUUAAUCACCCAUUUAUUACAAACAUCAGGGCUUUCUUCCCUAUUCCUGGUGUUCAAGGGAACAGCACCUUGGAAUCAAACAAGACUUGUGUACUGAACAGCACAUUAUUAGAAAGCUCUGCCAGAGACGGUGACAUUGUUCUGGGUGCAGUUAUGCCAUUGUUUAACUCUCCCUUUCCAAAUAAAAAUACCUUUAGACAAAAACCUAUUCCGAACACCUGCUAUGGAAUGUCUCUUCGAUACUACAGACAUAUCCUUGCUGUGUUUUAUGCUGUUAAUGAAAUUAAUGAAAAUCCCAAACUUCUACCCAACAUUACCUUGGGGUAUGAGAUAUAUGAUUCCUGUUCCUAUGAAACUAAAUCGGUGGAAGGAACAUUUAAAUUAAUCUCACGGAAACAGAAUGCUAUUCCAAGUUACCAAUGUAGUGCCAAAGGUCUCAUCGCUGGGGUCAUUGGUGAUAUUUCAUCAUCUGCAACCUAUGACAUGGCACAGCUUACAGGGGUUUACAUGUACCCACAAAUAAGUUAUGGAGCGCAAGAUCCGGUUUUAGACGACAAAUUAUUAUUUCCAUCCUUUUUUCGAAUGCUACCUAACGAUAAGACUCAGUAUGAGGCUUUUGUACAACUGUGUCUUCAGUUUGGCUGGACGUGGGUUGGUCUUGUUGCAACGGAUGAUGAACGCAAUGUGCAGAGCUGUGAGGAAAUCAGAACGGAGCUUAUAAAAAAUGGAAUCUGCGUUGCUUACUUUGAGAUUAUUACUUUGACACUUUUAAGCACCUACACAAGGGUUAUUAAUACCAUGAUACAGUCAACUGCCAAUGUAGUUAUUGUUUAUUGUAGCUCUGUCAAUUUCUUUCAGUUUAUUUACUCUGUACAGCUCUUUAGGAUGCCUGGGAAAGUCUUCAUUAUACCAACGGUAGUUUCAGUGGCUUCUGACUCUAUAUUCAGUUCCUUCUUGAGUAUAUUAAAUGGUUCACUCCUGUUUUCAAUACAUAAAGGAGAGAUUCCAGGACUGAAAGACUUCCUUCACAGUGUCAGUCCAUAUACACUUCCCAAUGAUUAUUUCACUGCAGCAACAUGGAACUACGCAUUGUGGUGUUUGCCUGCAAAUGCUACAGAAUUUAGGAAAAAAUUUGGUCUGGCACGUAACUGUACUGGGAAAGAGACUCUAAAAAUAUUUGAUUUAGCUUAUGAUGUCGACUCCUUCAGAAUAACCUACGCUGCCUAUAGAGCUGUAUAUGCCUUUGCUACUGCACUACAUGACAUGUUUUCCUCCAUGCAUAAUAAAUCUGUGUUUAUGGCAAAUCUGAAAGAGACUUUCCAUCCUUCAAUGCUGAACAAAUACCUGAGAAACAUCCAUUUUCAAACAAAAUCUGGUGAGGAAUUUUACUUUGUGAAUGGAAGUCCUGCAGGACAAUACGAUAUUAUAAACUGGGUCAUUGCUCCCAAUGAGUCUAUUAUCACUACUCAGGUUGGCAGCUUUCUCUGUUCUGCACCCAAAGGGCAACAGCUUAUUAUCAACAAAAACAAGAUUGUAUGGAAUCCAACAUUUAACCAGAUGCCACGGUCCGUGUGCAGCGAGAGUUGCCCCCCUGGGUACAGGAAAGCUGCUCGGAAAUCAGCUCCCAUCUGUUGCUAUGACUGUGUCAGCUGCUCAGAAGGGGAGAUAUCCAACAGCACUGAUAUGGAAAACUGCAUCAAGUGCGUUGAAGAUCAAUGGUCUAAUGAAAACAGAACUAUUUGCAUCUCCAAAACCAUAGAUUUCCUUUCAUAUGAGGAUGCUCUGGGCAUAGCUUGGUCAGUCAUUGCUAUUUGCCUGUCUGUUGUCCCACUGGGAGUGCUGGGGAUUUUCCUGAAACACAGUGAGACGGCCAUAGUAAAAGCCAAUAACAGGGAAUUAAGUUACAUUUUGCUUCUUUCUCUCUCAAUGUGCUCCCUGUGCUCCUUGUUAUUUAUCGGACGUCCAGAGGCCACGACAUGCUUCUUCCGACAAGCAGCCUUCGGAAUUAUUUUUGCAAUUGCUGUUUCAUCAAUACUGUCUAAAACCAUUACUGUUGUUAUUGCAUUCAAUACUACCAAACCUGGGAGCCAUGCAAGAAAAUGGGUAGGAUCCAGAGUAUCCACUUAUCUGGUGAGCCUGGGGGCAGUUGGAGAAGCAGUGAUCUGCCUUUUAUGGUUUCUCUGCUCACCGCCAUUUCCAGACUAUGAUACAAGUGAGAAUUAUGAGAAAAUGACUCUUAAGUGUAACGAGGGGUCAGAAAUUGCUUUCUACUUCAUGAUGGGAUAUGUUGGACUUUUGGCUGCUUUAAGCUUUGUCGUGGCAUUUCUAGCAAGGAAAUUGCCUGACAGUUUCAAUGAAGCGACAUAUAUAACUUUCAGUAUGUUGGUUUUCUUCAGUGUAUGGGUUUCUUUUAUUCCUGCAUAUCUGAGCACCAAAGGGAAAUACACGGUGGCUGUUGAAAUAUUUGCCAUCCUGGCUUCUACCGCUGGCCUUGUAGGUUGCAUUUUUGCACCUAAAUGCUACAUUAUAGUGAUCAGGCCAGAUCUAAACACCAGAGAACAUCUGAUUGGUAAAAAGGUCAGCCGAUAUAUUAUUGAGCCAGCCUAA